UACCUGCUGACUCCAUGCUGGCCUCUACCUGCUUUCUGUGGCUCCUGGCCAUGACCUUCUCUUUGGUUCCUAGAGCUCAGUCCUUGACCCCUCAAGACUUUGAGGAAGAGGAGGAAGAUAAGACAGCGUUGCCCCCCGCUGUUCGAUGUGACUAUGACCGCUGCAGACACCUGCAGGUGCCCUGCAAGGAGCUGCAGAGGGCUGGUCCAACUGCCUGCCUGUGCCCGGGGCUAUCCAGCCCUGCUCAGCCUCCCGAACCGCCACGCCUGGGAGAGGUGCAUGUUGUGGCUCAGGAGGGUCUGGCUGUGGUCCACUGGUGUGCCCCUUUCUCCCCGGUCCACCAUUACUGGCUGCUGCUUAGAGAAGGCAAUAGAGCACCGCAAAAGGGUCCCCUGCUGAACGCUACCUUCCGAAGAGCAGAGCUUAAGGGACUGAAACCUGGGGGCUCCUAUGUCGUUUGCGUGGUGGCGGCUAAUGAGGCUGGGGAAAGUCACGUGCCUGGAGCAGGUUGGGAGGGCCCUGAGGGGGCAGACGUGCCUGUCUUUGGGCCUUGCCGCAGUCUAUCUGUGCCGCCAAGCCCCCUCACCCUGGUCCACACUGCUGUGGGGGUGGGCACCGCCCUGGUGCUGCUGAGCUGCUCCGCUCUGGUCUGGCACUUCUGCCUGCGGGAACGCUGGGGCUGUCCACGCCGUACUCCCUCCAGAGCCGCAGGGGUGCUGUGAAGGGGACU